AGCCAACCACGCCUAAAACGCCCCUUCUCCCCGCUCCAGACGUUAACUGGCCACUCUAACACGGCGUAGCUAGCAAACAUGCCUCCGAGAAAGAAAGCCGCCGCUGCAGCCGCCGCCGCCACGACCGAUGGCACUAACGCUGCACCUGCACCUGCAGCCAGGGCGACACGUUCCAGCGCACGCACCGCCGCAAAGGCUGCCACUGCCGCCACUGACGGUGCCGUCACUACCGACGGCGCGGCUGGGUCGGACAAACCCGCCGACGCGGAGCCCGCCGCGGCCAAAACGAAGGCCAAAGGUGCCGCUACUAAGUCCAAGACCACCGCAAAGGGCAAGGGCAAACGUACCCGAGACGAAGACGAGGAAGAGGAGCAAGAUGCGGAGGAAGAGGAAGUAAAGCCCAAAUCGAAGAAAGCUAAGACAUCCGACGCUAAGAAGGACGAUGAGGAGGACCAAAAAGACGGCAAGGAGGAGGAUAAAAGGGAGGAAGCUAAGAAGAUGGUCACUGUGGUCAAACGUGGUGCUGCGCCUGUCGACCCGCAUUCUGGGAUGGUCGACACGCAUCAGGUCUAUACCAACACCGAAGGUGUCUGGGAUGCCAUGCUCAACCAAACCAACAUCGGGAAGAACUCGAACAAGUUCUAUGUCGUUCAGCUCCUGCAUCCGAUCGGCAACGACUCGAGCGUAACGCUCUUCACGCGCUGGGGCCGCGUCGGCGAGACGGGACAGAAGCAGGUCAAGGGCCCCUUCAAUCCUUCAAUAGGCAUAUAUCAGUUCAAAGACCAGUUUAAGAAGAAAGCAGCCGUGAGCUGGGAGGCACGCUUCAACAUGGUGGCACGCCCAGGCAAGUACACGUGGAUUGAACGUUCGUUCGAGGACGAAGACAAAGCGGACGACAAAGGCAAGGGCAAGGCGGAGGACGAGGAGUCCGAGAAAAUCCCCGAUUCGACCUUGCCGCCUGAGGUCCAGGAGCUGUGCAGGCUUAUGUUCUCGUCCAAGCUCAUCGAUGCCCACCUGUCUUCGAUGAACUAUGACGCGAACAAACUUCCUCUCGGUAAACUCGCAAAGUCUACCAUCCUUAAUGGCUUCUCCGCCCUCAAAACGCUCUCCGAGGUCCUGCAGGACCCGAGCGGCCAGACCUCUAGGAACCUGGGAGGCCUUGACGGCGCCGCACAAACUCUAACCGAACGCUACUACUCGAUCAUCCCACAUAACUUUGGUCGGAACCGUCCCACAGUAAUCAACAGCGUCCAGCUCCUCAAGCGCGAGCUCGACCUUGUAGAUGCGCUCGGCGACAUGGAAGUCGCCUCCAAGUUGAUCUCAUCGACCGUCUCGAAGGACCAUCUCACGGGAGAGCCGAUCAACCCACUCGAUGGACACUUCAAGAGUCUGCAGUUGACGGCAAUGGACCCGGUCACGCGCGGGAGCGGCGAGUGGGCUACACUCAAGCGAUACGUGCGGGACACGCAUGGCGCAACGCACCACAUCCGAGCGCAAGUCAUGAAUGCGUUCCGCGUCGAGCGUCAUGAAGAGGCGGACGCGUUUGUUGCCGCGGGCAACGCCGCGCUACCGGACGGCGAACGGCUGCUGCUCUGGCACGGCUCGCGCACAACCAACUUCGCAGGCAUCCUCAAGCAGGGCUUGCGCAUCGCGCCGCCUGAGGCGCCUGCCACCGGCUACAUGUUCGGCAAGGGCGUAUACUUCGCCGACAUGAUGUCCAAGUCCGCUAACUACUGCUAUGCGAACCUAAGUAACGGCACGGGCCUGCUCCUCCUAUGCGAGGUCGCCGCGAAGCCGUUCUACGAGCGUGUGAACGCCGAGUAUAAUGCCGACCAAGGCUGUCGCACCGCCGGCGCACGCGCGACCAAGGGCCUCGGGCGUACACAGCCCGCGGAGUGGCAGGAUGCCGGCGAGGCGCUUGGCAACCCUGAGCUCAAGGGCGUGCACAUGCCCAAGGGCCCCGCCCACGAUGUCUCCCCCGGACCGACGGACCAGAUGCCGCACUUGUGGCUCCAGUACAACGAGUAUAUCGUAUACGAUACGACACAAAUCAGAUUGCGGUAUCUACUCAUGGUGAAGAUGCGUUAAUGUGGUUUGCGCGCGAUGAGGUGGCAUGUGCUGUAUGCUCUAUGAUACCAUUUACAUUUGUUCCACGCUACUUUGCUAAGUCUUUCACUAUAUGACUGAGU